CACGCGCCCCUUUAAAUGAGAUCUGCGCGUGCCUCCAGUUGAACUCAGCCGUUGAAUUUCAACUCAAAAACCGUUGGCUGUCUUUUUCACCUCCAAGUACCGUGCUAUUAGCUAACGAUGGAGAGAGGAUUCAACUUCAAGCUGUUGGUGCCUCCUAGAGUCAACCCAAUCCCAGGACAGGUUUCUACCGUCAAACCACAAGAAAUAGUGGAGGAUGGGGGAUGUUUCAUGCAAACUUUGCAGCAGGGUUAUAAUAAAUGUUUGGACAAAGAAUCAAACAUACCGUUUCCCUCUAUGAAUAUGGUUGUGCCAACAAAACCCACCAGAUCAGAUGUAUUCAAGAUGAAAGUUGUGCCACCAAUGGAAAAUGAAGAAACCAAUUGCAAACCCAGUCAGCUGUAUUCAAAACUGUUUGAAGAAGUUCAGAAAGUAAAGUAUUGGAAAGUCAAAGUGGACUCAGAGGCAGUGCAAAAAGACAGGAAGCUGCAAGAAAACAAAAGAACAAUUGAAACCCAACGUAAAGCCAUUCAGGAAUUGCAGUUCGGAAAUGAAAGCCUCAGCAUAAAACUAGAGGAUCAGAUCAGUGAGAAUGAUGAUCUGCAGAACAAAAACAAUGCAACACGGAACCUAUGUAAUAUACUAAAGGAUACGUUUGAAAGAUCAGCUGAGAAAAUCCAUCUAUUUGAAUCUGAAAGAGAGGAAACCCAUCACUUGUUCAUGGAAAACAGUGAAACUAUUCAGAGGAUGAAUGCUGCCUUUGAAAGCCUACGUAUUCAAGCAGAAACUGACCGCCUUGAAAUGCUGAAAGUUAAAGAGGAUUUGGAAGAAUUUGCCGUUUUAAAGGAGAAGUUUGAGAAAGAAUUCAGUAUGAAAGAAGAAGAGGUUGUGAUACUUCAGAUGAAAAUGAAGGACAAAGAAAAAGAACUUCAGGCAAUCCUGCUCAACCUCCAUGAAACCCGAGAGAGUUGCAAACGGUUACAACAGGCAGCACAACAACACCAGGAAGCCCUUCAACGUUCCAAACAAGAACAAGAAUCUCUGUUAGAAAGUCUGCAAAAUGCAGAACAGCUCAAUGAAGAAUGUGAGGAAAGUAGAAAAGCUAUUGCUACAGCAUUAGAGAGCAACAAAGAGGAGAAUGCAAAGGUUAUUGCCAAGAAAGACUCAAGCUUGGAAGAGCUCAACAAAAUAAAAGAUCAACAAGCAGACAAGCUUGUACAGAUUCAGGCCACAGCCCAGGAAUUUCAGACAUCAUUAACAGUUGAGAUACAGAGGGCAAAAGAACUUGAACUGAAGCUUACGGCAGUCACAGAGGAACUUGACAGGAAAAACCUUGAAUUAGGAGAGAUCAAAGAACAGAAAGAAAAGAAAGACAGACAGCUACAAAUCCUUGAAGAUGAAUUGGAUGUCAAAAAUAAAUCCAUACAGUCACUAGAGGAAACAAUUAAAGUUGUGGAGGCCAGAACAUCAGAACUCACCACAGAGCUUGAGGGGAAACAUGCUGAAAUUCACCAAGUUAAGAAUAAAGUGGAAACCAUGUCUGUUGAAAACAUUUUACUGGAAAAGGCUCUUGGAAAUGCUGAAACGAUGCAAAACGACUUGAAAGAAAAAGCCAAUAUGACUGAGAGGAAAAUAAAAGAGAUUGAGGGGCAGUUAUCUGCUGCAAUGAGAAGAGAUGAAAAAUCCAUCAAGGAGAAAGAGAAUCUAAAGACAGACAUUGUACAGCAUGAGGUGAAGUAUAAGGAGCUAUUAGCAAGUUUCAAUCAGCUGCAGCUUGAGAAGAAGACUAUUCUGGAGCAGAUUCAGAAUGAAUCCUCAGAGGCAAACAUUCUGGUAGCACAACUUAAGGAGAGUGAGGCAAAAGAGAUGAAGAUGAAGAAGGAAAUUGAAAGACUCCAAGAAGAAAACCACCAAUUACGAGAGGAAUUGAAAUCCUUAAAUGCCAAAGUUGAAGAGCAAGGCCAAGACACUGAGAAUCUGCAGAAGAAACUUGAAGAAAGUUGUGGAGAUCUGCAGGCUGAGCUCUCAAAGAAAGAUAAACAAAUGAAAGCAGUGGAGUCAAAGCUGUCCAACCUGAAGAUAAAAUUAGAGAGUAAAACUAAAAUCCAGGACGAAUACCAAAAAGAGAACAAAACUUUGAAGAAACAAAUUGCAAUUGAGACUGCAAAAUCCAGUGAACUUGAAAAUGAGAUAAACAAAUUGAAAGAGGAGUCAGAAAAUGUUCAACGAUCAAAUGAAGAGGAAUGUAAAAAUUUGCUUGAUGACCUUGAAACCAAAGCAACAUCUGAGGCAGAGCUUCAGAAAAAGGUGAAAAAGCUACAUCUUACAGCAACAGAUGCCAUCAAGAGUAAGGAAGAUACUGAAAUCAAAUGUCAGAACAAGAUAGCAGACAUGGUUGCCUUGAUGGAAAAGCACAAGAACCAGUAUGACAAAAUGGUUGACGAGAAAGAUGCAGAGCUUGAUGAGAAGAAGAGGAAAGACAUGGAGGCAACUGCUAAUAGAACAUCACUGGAAUUGGUGCUGUCACAGCAGAACAUUGAGAAUGACCGUUUGAAGGAACAACUAAAGAAAGAAAUGAACGAGAGGGAAAGCUUACUACAAGAGAUUACAGCCCUGAAAAAAGAAAAGAAAAUGAGCAGGCAACUGGAGACACAGGAUGAACAGCUGCCUGAGCCAAAGUCCAAAGAAGUUAGGUGUUCUGAAACCCCCAAAGUAUACUUCUCCGCCAAGAUGCCUAUGUUCCGUUUGGCAAAGGAAAGUCAGAGAAAGACAAAAACUCUGAAAGCCUCUGUAACCCCAUCCCAAACCUCAGAGAAAAUAGUUGUAUUGACUCCAAACAUUAAUGAAAUGGAAAACGAAGCCCCAAAAACUCCAUCUUGGAGCUCCAUGACUAGAGUUGCAGCAACACCACGAAUUAAGGAAACCGAAGCUCUCAGAACUCCAUCUUGGAGCUCCACCAAUAUAGUUAGUGCAACACCACGGAUUAAGUCUUACAGAAUCAGAACUCCUCCCUCCACUGGGAAGUCUGUGCCCUGGGGGAUGAGCACCCUGGAGCUUGACCCCAAGUCUGACAGCUCGGAACAUAAUGAUUUAUUGAGCAUUGCAGUUGCAACUGAUCCAUUCAAGAGCCGCCUGCAGUCAAGUGUCCCAGCAGCACAGAAUCAGAAAGUGGACAUAUUCAGGAAGAUCCAGAGCCCUGCCAUUCAGAAAUCACCUGGGAGUACUUUAAAGCUCGCCGCAAUGAAAAGGAUGCGGGAUGCUGGUUGGACAUCUGUCACUGGUGCUGAAAAGAAGAAGAAAAAAACAGUUGAAAAGAUCUUUGCAUAAAAAGCAAGUGCUGUGCUUUUCAAGAUAGACCGUUUUCUGUGUGUCUGACAAAUCUGAAAACAGUCUGCUAUUUUCAUUAUACCACUGCUCUCAAGUUCAUUCAUGUCUAUAGUUGUCUGAUGCUGGGAAAGCUGUUGACCGAAAUAGGAAUUUCAAAUGCAAGUCAAACGAAUUUGAAAUGAACCAAGUAUGUUAUAUUGUUUUGUUGUUACUGUUUAGCAACUUACUCACAUUAUUCAUGGAAGAAUAUGUCAAAUGCUUGUUGUUUUGAGCAAACUUGCCUCCUUUGACUCCAUUCAACAUGAAUAAGUUCAUGUUUUCAUGAAAUUGUAUUUAUUUGUUUGUAACAUUGUUUUUGCUUGUGUGGUUUUAAUGAACCUAUACACUAUAUAUACAAAUGGAUGUGGACCCUCCUUCAAAUGAGUGGAUUUGGCUACUGCCGAGUGCUGAAGCGCGUAAAAAUCGCCUGUCCUCGUUUGCAACACUCACUACCGAGUUACAAACUGCCUCUGGAAGCAACUUCAGCACAAUAACUUUUCGUCGGGAGCUUCAUGAAAUGGGUUUCCAUUGCCAAGCAGCCUCACACAAGCCUAAGAUCACCAAACGCAAUGCAGUCAGAUGGACAAAUCUGGGUUUGGUGGAUGCCAGGA